GUCCGCUUCCCGAGUGCGCAUGCGCGCGCCCAGCCCCCUCAGGCUUGCGCUUCCCAGCAGGCCUCGCGCACGGGUUUCCAUGGCGACGGGCCGCCGCUGCGGCCUUGCUGCAGUCGCGGGAACCGCGCGGAACAGAGAAGCACCAAAAGAGGCAAACUGAGAUGCAGACAAAUGAUCAUCCGUAUGCUGAUCAUUUUGAUAGUUUUUUAAAAUAUAUUCUUUCUUUAAAAAGAGACCAAGACCUGUCAAAAAAUACUACCGUGGAAAGCUCAUAAAUACUACAGUGUGAAGAACCCUGUGCUUAUCUUCAGUUAAUCGUCAGACAUCUUAGGGAAGUUUGAUAAAGAACACCAGAACAGGAGAAUUGAGAAUUAACUGGAAAGGUAAUCCUUUUAAAGACCUCAGAAGAUGGAUCUGUUUGUUUCAAUCUGCUUUUGAGGUUGUUUGCUAUGUCUUUGGCUGAUCUAACAAAAACAAAUAUAGAUGAGCAUUUCUCCAGCGUGGCAUUAGAAAACAAUAGGAGAUCUGCAGAAUGCAAGAGAAGCCCAGGCACAGGCGAUGUUUCACGGAACAGUAAUGCUUCCGAUAAGAGUGUUGAUUAUAGCAGAUCUCAGUGCUCCUGUGGAAGUUUAAGUUCUCAGUAUGAUUAUUCAGAAGACUUUCUCUGUGAUUGUUCAGAAAAGGCCAUUAACAGAAAUUAUUUAAAGCAGCCUGUGGUUAAAGAAAAGGAGAAGAAAAAGUACAAUGUUUCUAAAAUCUCCCAAUCUAAAGUUAACAGGUGGCCUUGUUACAGAGUACCACAAUAUUUGGAUUUCACUGGCUUCUUGCCUUUCAUCUCAGCUGAAGAAUCAGUGUUUGAAUCGCCAGUGAAAUGUGAAUACCUGUCUCAACACCCCAAGAGGAUGGUCUCCAAGUCCGGCCAGAAGGAAAUCUCAGUUGAAAAAAAGCACACCUGGAAUGCAUCACUCUUUAAUUCUCAAAUCCAUAUGAUUGCCCAAAGAAGAGAUGCUAUGGCUCGUCGAAUACUCUCAGCAAGGCUUCAUAAAAUUAAAGGACUAAAAAAUGAAUUAGCUGAUACGCAUCAUAAAUUGGAAGCCAUCCUUACAGAAAACCAAUUUUUGAAACAACUUCAGCUUAGGCAUUUGAAAGCUAUAGGAAAAUAUGAGAAUUCACAAAAUAAUCUACCUCAAAUUAUGGCUAAACAUCAGAAUGAAGUAAAAAAUUUAAGGCAACUACUUAGGAAAUCCCAGGAAAAGGAAAGAACGGUAUCUAGGAAACUUAGAGAAACUGACAGCCAGUUACUGAAGACUAAAGAUACCCUGCAGGCACUGCAGAAACUUUCUGAAGACAAAAACCUUGCAGAAAGGGAAGAACUCACUCAUAAAUUAUCUAUUAUCACAACAAAAAUGGAGGCAAAUGACAAAAAAAUACAGAGCUUGGAAAAACAACUGAGGUUGAACAGCAGAGCCUUUAGUCGGCAGCUGGCUAUUGAGACUCGGAAGACUUUAGCAGCUCAAACAGCUACCAAGACUCUGCAGGUGGAAGUAAAACACCUUCAACAAAAACUUAAGGAAAAGGAUCGUGAGCUUGAAAUUAAAAACAUCUAUAGUCAUCGAAUACUUAAAAAUUUACACGACACAGAGGACUAUCCAAAAGUUUCUUCAACAAAAUCAGUCCAAGCAGACAGAAAAAGUUUGCCAUUCACAAGUAUGAGACACCAGGGAACCCAAAAAUCAGAUGUUCCACCUUUGACAACUAAGAGUAAAAAGGCAACAGGAAACAUGGAUCAUAAAGAAAAAUCAACUGAAAUAAAUCGUGAAAUUCCUCACUGUGUCAAUAAACUACCAAAGCAAGAGGAUUCUAAGACAAAAUAUGAAGAUUUAUCAAGGGAAGAGAAACAUUUGGAAGUGCAGGUACUGCUGGAGAACACUGGAAGACAAAAAGACAAAAAAGAAGACCAAGAAAAGAAAACCAUCUUUGUGAAAGAAGAGCAAGAAUUACCACCAAAAAUAAUUGAAGUUAUUCAUCCUGAAAGAGAAAGCACUCAAGAAGAUGUUCUAGUAAGAGAAAAGUUUAAAAGAAGCCUGCAGAGAAAUGGCAUGGAUGACACGCCUGACAAACGCACUGCCCCCUACACGAAAGGCCCCCUCAGGCAAAGGAGGCAUUACUCAUUCACAGAAGCCACUGAAAAUCUGCACCACGGGCUUCCUGCUUCAGGGGGGCCAGCCAAUGCCGGCAACACGAAGUACAGUCAGGGUACGAGCAAGCAUCUCAGUAACAGACAGGAAAUGCAGCUAGAGCAUUCUGACAGUGGGUAUGAGCCCUCAUUUGGCAAGUCUUCCAGAAUAAAAGUGAAGGAUACAACUUUCAGAGAUAAGAAAAGCAGUCUCAUGGAAGAACUCUUUGGAUCAGGCUACGUGUUGAAAACUGACCAAUCAAGUCCUGGUGUUGCAAAAGGCUCAGAGGAGCCUUCGCAAAGUAAGGAGUCACAUCCCCUGCCUCCCAGUCAGGCCUCCGCCAGCAAUGCUUUCGGAGACUCUAAAGUAACUGUGGUAAAUUCUAUUAAGCCAUCGUCACCUACAGAAGGAAAAAGAAAAAUAAUUAUUUAAAUAUAAUCAAUAUCCUACUGCAUUCUGGUUUGAUAUAAUGCUACUUAUGUGCCUUGCAUCUUAUUUUUGAAAUGUGUGAGAGAGGGAGUGUAUGUGUGUGUGUCUUUUAGUACUUAAUUGACUUUCAAUAAUUAAAUGUUUGUUUUAUUGCUAA